UAUGUCUGAUUCUGACCCGUCGAGCAGCUACCUCCACUGAGCGACUGAGCCACACCCUCACCCUCUUAACUAACCUUACCAAUCAUUAGGAAGAUGAUUGAGCAGCCUUCCUUAAAAUACCCAUGGAUUUGCCUACCUAGCUAAACUCAGUACCAAGGAUGUUUCGAGCAGCAGUGCGCUUCGUUCUCAGCUCGGCGAAGAGUGGAGCCGCGGGAAGCUCGUCAUCGUCCCGCCACCUCUCGGCAUCCUCCUCGGACUCUCAAAGGCUGGCAGGGAAGGUGGCCGUGAUCACCGGCGCCGCGAGCGGCAUCGGCAAGGCCACGGCCGCCGAGUUCGUCCGCCACGGCGCCAAGGUCAUCCUCGCCGACAUCCAAGACUCCCUUGGCCACGCCGUCGCCACAUCCCUCGGCGACCCGGACACCACCUUCUACACCCACUGCGACGUCACCGACGAGUCCCAAGUCUCCGCCGCCGUGGACCUGGCCGUGUCCAAGCACGGCAAGCUGGACAUCAUGUUCAACAACGCCGGCAUCACGACGGGCGGCACCAGCGGCAGCAGCUACGCGGGGACGCGCAUCGAGGCCACUGACAUGGCCGACUUCGACCGCGUCAUGGCAGUCAACCUCCGCGGCGUGGCGGCCGGGAUCAAGCACGCGGCGCGCACCAUGGCUGAUGCCGGUGGCUGCAUCCUAUGCACAUCGAGCACUGCGGGCGCGCUGGGCGGGUCAGGCCCGUUCGCGUACAGCGUGUCCAAGGCGGCCGUGGCAGCCAUGGUCCGUGCCGCGGCCGGCGAGCUGGCAAUGCGCGGGGUCAGGGUGAACGCCAUCUCGCCCUACGCCAUCGCGACUCCCAUGGGGGUUAAGUCCGUGAGGGACAUGCUCCCAGGGAUCGGCGAUGAAGAGCUGAGGAAGGUGUUCGAGGAGGAGCUCAACGAGAUGGCCGGUGGCGGUGUGGUGCUUCGCGCUCUGGACGUGGCCAGGGCGGCCGUCUUCCUCGCGUCCGAUGAGGCUAGAUAUGUCUCGGGACAUAACCUUGUCGUCGAUGGCGGGUUCACUGUCGGAAAGCCGCUCAACAUCGCUGCGGCACGCUGAGCAGAAACGAAGACAAUGACAAAGCCAAUCCAAUUUGCCGCGACAGGACUGAUAAAAUGCCCAUUCGUUCUUGCCCAAAACAGUCAAAUAGACCUACUUGUACAAGAUCGAUACACGUCGUUUAAUAAUUGCAUCAAGCAAAGAAACUAAUGAGGUGGAUGAUUGAGAGUAAAUCAUCUUCGAAUGUCUCAAUUAUUUGCAGAAUUGUCAGGCAAUUCUUUGCAGAAUGGCCUGAACAUGACCAUAGCCAUCAUCUA